UCAGUCUGCGCACAUUCCACUUGGCCAGCAUCCCCCGGACUCUACAGACACAGAGCUGAUUGAACAAACGGAGAGGGAAGCGCAUUCCCAGAGCGCAUCAUUUAGUCACCGGCCAAACAAGGAGACAGGCAGAAAUUCAACCACGCCUUUCUCAGUAAAUAAAAUGAGAGCAGUAAAUGUGUAGGAAAUAAUUCUCUAUCUCUUUUAUAAGGAUUCUUACGUUUCUUUUUAUAAGGCUUUUUUGUCACUUUAACAGUUGGGAGGAUAAUACUCCAUGGUCAGCUGCAAUAGUGUCUUAUUUUCUGGUGGACUUAAAGAAACAAAGAAAAAAAAAAAACAAGCAAAAAAGUUGAACUGGAAAUUAUUCUGGAGCGCGCGACUGGAGUUUUGUCUUUAAACCUACAAUUGUUGCGCUCUGACAGGAGGAGGAUAUAACUUUUCAACUGGUGUGUUUGGAGAAGAGGAGGAAUUGUUGCUGCGGAGUGCGGAGCGCCUUCAGAUACAAGGUUAUGAAGGAGCUGAGCUGAAUAUGGAGCUCUUCUGGAUCUUGUUUUUUUCCAGUCUGUAUCCUCAUAUUUUGAGCCAAGGAGUUUACGCUCCAGCUAAUGCACAGAUUGUGCACUCCGGUGCAGCAUGUAACGUCAAGGACGAUAACAUAAGCGAGAGAAUUUACACCAUCAACGAAGGAGACACACUAGUGUUGCAGUGUAUUGUUAAAGGACACCCACGACCACAGGUGCGAUGGACAAAGACAGCAGGCAGUGCUUCAGACAAGUUUCAAGAAACAUCCAUUUACAACGAGACACUGCGAAUCGACAACAUCCAGCGGGUGCAGGGGGGCCGCUACUACUGCAAGGCCGACAAUGGGGUGGGGGUGGCUGCCAUCAAGUCCAUCCGCGUAGAUGUGCAGUACUUAGAUGUUCCAGUUUUGACUGUGCACCAGACGGUUGGCGAUAUACGUACAGGAUUCUACCAAGAGAAGACAGUAUUCCUUCGCUGCACUGUCAACUCCAACCCGCCAGCCAGAUUCAUUUGGAAACGUGGCCCCAUGGUCCUCGAACAGAGCAAAGACAGUGGGGUCGAUAUCUAUGAACCUCUUUACACUCAGGGUGAGACGAAGGUCCUUAAACUGAAAAACCUAAGGCCCAAGGAUUUUGAUGACUACACUUGCCAGGUGUCUGUGCGCAAUGUGUGCAACAUUGAAGAUAAGUCAGUCACCUUCAGGCUAACAAAUGCUACCGCUCCCCCAAUGAUCCGACUCUCGGUAAAUGACAGCGUGGUGGUUGAUCCUGGACAAGAUGUGGUCAUGACCUGUGAGGUGACUGCAGGUUUACCCCCACCCACAGUCACAUGGUCACGUUAUCCCGGACCCCUUCCCCUCAGUGCUCUGGUUCGGGGGCCGACACUAGUUUUACGUGCAGUCACACCAGCGGAUGCAGGUUUCUACAACUGUACAGCAACUAACAAUGUGGGAAACCCUGCUCGCAAGAACAUCAACCUUGUUGUCAGGACAAUGAGCAACCUGACUUUUCAAAUCACACCUGAUUCAAACAAGGACAGUGAGACCAUCCAAAUGGGUCGGGACCUGAAACUGUCAUGUCAUGUCGACGCCACCCCACAGGACAAAAUCAACUACACCUGGUACAAGAAUGGGGUCCCUGUCUUUAACUCUGAUAGCCUGAUAUUGCUGCGCAGUGACCCUGACAUGGCCCCCGGCACAAGUAGUUUGGAGAUUGUAGACAUGAAGUUCAGAGACCUGGCCAUGUACAGCUGUGUGGCAAACUUCCCAGGCAGCAGGGUGCCAGAGCUGCGAGUGGAUGUCAACAUCUCCCAAAACAGUGUCACUCCUCCGAUACUAUCAGUUCCAUCAGGAGGUCAAGUUGUAAGUGUGCGUGAAGGAGGGAAUGCCGAGUUGGUUUGCCAGGUUGAUGGGAAACCCCGUCCUCCAAUUCUGUGGUCAAGGACAGAGAAGGAUUUACUUAUGCCGUCAGGAACGCCCACGGUGGAGACGACUGAUGGCCGCUUGAGGCUGAGGAACGUCAGCCGGGACAUGAUGGGGCUGUAUCGCUGUCAGACUGCGCCAUACAACGGCCUUAACAUUAAGCGGAGAGAGGCCCAGGUCCAGCUGAAUGUGCAAUACCCUCCGAUGCUGGAUCCAGUCUUUCAGGAUGUACGUUCAAGGAACUUUCAAAUAGUGACCCUGAGAUGUACUGUCCUGCGUUCCAACCCUCCCCGUCUGACAGACAUCCGCUGGCUACGCAAUGGCGAGUUCAUCCGCAUGUCCAUGCCCGACCUGAAGCAGACACCUGAGCUGAAGUUUAAGCUCGAACCCACCAACAAUGGCACGUAUGAGUGCCGAGUCAGCAAUAGUGCAGGGACAUCAACAUGUCGGUUUAACGUCUCUGCUCGACCAUACAAUGCAGAGUUUUAUUUUGACACACCAAACCCAGUACGCAUCCUGAAGGGAAACAAUUAUUCCUACAACUUGCAGUGGACACAAAGGGACCCCCAGGCCACAGACCGUAUCAUUGGCUACUGGCUAAACGUUCGAAAGGACAAGCAGAGCUUGGUGUCAAAGCAAAUAGACCUAAGGGGUAAGGAGCCAGAGAAGGGUGUGCUGAUGUCUCACACGGUAACAGACCUGGAAAUCCCUCGAUCCUAUGAGGUUCGACUGGCUCCCAUCACAACUUACAGCACAGGGGACUAUGUCAGCAGGAUCAUUCUGUACUCAGAACCCUACACUUAUCCAAGAUCUUCGGACCAAGUGUGUGGGUUCGAGGAUGAGCGGAUCUGUGGUUUCUCUCAAGACCGGAGUGAUAAAUUUGAUUGGACAAGACAGAAUAAUCUGACGCACAAUCCCAAGCGAUCUCCUAAUACUGGCCCGGAGACUGACCGCAGUGGAACAAAGGAGGGGUAUUACAUGUACAUCGAAGCAUCCCGACCUCGUGCUCAAGGGGACAAGGCCCGUCUUCUAUCUCCACUUUUUAAUGUGUCUUCAGUCAGGGGCCCGAAGGGCUCUAGUCGAGUCCCAUACUGUGUCUCUUUCUACUAUCACAUGAAGGGAAAACACAUUGGCACGCUUAAUGUUCUUUUGAGAAUGAGAAGUAUUGCACCUGUGGACUCAGUGGUGUGGACAAAAUCAGAUCAUCAGGGCCCAGACUGGAGGAAAGCCUUCUUUGACAUCAGCCCCAGAGGACCAUUUCAGAUUGUGUUUGAAGGAAUCCGAGGUGCAGGCUUUGAAGGAGAUAUCGCCAUUGAUGAUGUGUCCAUCACCAUAGGGAAAUGCAAGCAGGAGAACACUGUAGCCAACGCAGGUAAGACAGUUCUUAUUGGAGCUUCACACUCGCUGCCACUGGCCAGGUGGCUGACCUUUGGCCUUUCCUGUUUCCUCUUACUCCUCUACAGAUGAUGAGCACUUAGAACAUCAACGCACCAACUCGCGCUUUUUUAAUCCCCUCUUUAUCUUCCUCUUUGCCCAGUACAUGAGCCGUCACUUGUCUUUCCUCAUUCGCUGUCAUAUCUGUCCUGCCUUAUAUCAAUAUCAUUCCUCUGUUGCUGAUAACAAAAAGAUUUCAGCCUUUUGUCCUCCAUUUUCUUUGACUGUUGCAGCAUUUCGGGACAGAGUGUAAUCAAUUGACUCCCAGCCUAUAUUAAAAGUUGACAUACUUAUAAAAAGAGUAAAACUUUCACCUUAAACACUAUAAUAGGAACACCAUAUUCAUGUUAUUGUCACUUUUGCGCCUCUUUCUCUGCAUCAUUAACCUUAUUGUUUGUUCAUGUGCAUACUCUUUGUACGCGGCAAUUCCCUAUCACAACCCUUGGCAACCUGCUCCCGCACACAUCAAAGUGUCGGACACGCUACCAAAGAUGACAAAGAAUAGGAGGGAAUAAAAUGAGAGAGCUGGGAUUCCAAAAGAAAAGUAAGAAGGAAAAUGGUAGAAGAUGAAACUGGGAAGAAAAAGAACUUCACAAAGACUGCAUUCCUUGGGAAUCAUUUUUUGGGAUACUUGGAAAGAUGAAGAACUGCAUCAAUGAAGAAAGGAAAUUAAUUUCUUCUGAAAAAGGACGCAAAGCAGAGGUUGAUGAAGGCAGGGUGCCCCCGGUAGCCUCUCUGAUUGCCACAAGAGACGAACCUCAGUGCGGAUUAUACGUGUACAUUUAUCUCUCUCUAUACAUAUAAAUAUAUAUCUAUAUAUAUAAUAUUACUAAAUUUAAAGUGGAAGACUACAAAGACAAUGGAGGACUGUAGUAAUUGAAAUUAAAGAAGCACAAUGUUUAUAAUACUCUGUUGUACCUUUGGGUUUUAUUUCACUAAUGUGAUGUUAUAGUCUAACCUAUUCAAUGUUUUUGAUUUUUAUUUAUUUUUUUGUUGUUGUUUUUGUUUGUUCUGCCGUCCUAAGGGUCAUGGACAAUAAGUAAUAAAGUAUGAUUAUAUUCCUAUU